AUGGCCGCGGAGGGCGCGGGGCCGGGGCCCCUGUGCCCCGAGCACGGCCAGGCUCUGAGCUGGUUCUGCGGCUCCGAGCGACGGCCCGUGUGCGCCGCCUGCGCGGGGCUGGGCGGCCGCUGCCAGGGGCACCGCAUCCGCCCGGCCAAGGAGCGCGCCGAGGACCUGCGGAACAAGAUUGUGGACCAGUGUGAGAGGCUGCAGUUACAGAGUGCUGGCAUCACCAAAUAUGUGGCUGAGGUCCUGCCCGAGAAGAACCAGAGAGCAGUGAGCAUGGCCAGCGCAGCGAGGGAACUGGUUAUCCAGCGGUUGAGUCUGGUGAGGAGUCUGUGUGAAAGUGAGGAGCAGCGGUUACUGGAGCAGGUGCAUGGUGAAGAGGAGCGGGCCCACCAGAGUAUCCUUACACAGCGAGUACACUGGGCCGAGGCACUGCAGAAGCUUGACACCAUCCGCACCAGCCUGGUGAGCACGCUCACCCACCUGGACGACCUCCAGCUGAUUCAGAAGGAGGAGGAGAUUUUCGAGAAGGCCGAGGAAGCAGAGGGCAUUUUGGAUCCCCAGGAAUCGGAAAAGUUAAACUUUAAUGAGAAAUGCACUCGGAGUCCACUACUGACCCAACUCUGGGCCACAGCGGUUCUUGGGUCCCUCUCAGGCACAGAGGACAUACGUAUUGAUGAACGUACCGUCAGCCCUUUGCUGCGAUUGUCAGAUGACCGAAGGACCCUGACCUUCAGCACCAAGAAGUCAAAGGCCUGUGCAGAUGGCCCGGAACGUUUUGACCACUGGCCCAAUGCCCUGGCUGCCACCUCCUUCCAGGCCGGGCUUCACGUCUGGAUGGUGAAUGUCCAGAACAGCUGUGCCUAUAAAGUGGGUGUGGCCUCAGGCCAGCUACCCCGCAAGGGUUCUGGCAGUGACUGCCGUCUGGGCCACAACAUCUUCUCCUGGGUCUUUUCCCGCUAUGAUCAGGAGUUCCGUUUUUCACACAAUGGCCAGCAUGAGCCCCUGGGUCUGUUGCGGUGCCCGGGCCAACUGGGCGUGCUGCUGGACUUGCAGGCCCAGGAGCUGCUCUUCUAUGAGCCGGCCUCAGGCACGGUGCUCUACACCCACCAUGCUUCCUUCCCUGGGCCCCUCUUCCCAGUCUUUGCUGUGGCUGACCAGACCAUUUCCAUCGUCCACUGACCUCUGGCCACAGGGAGGCCAAGUACACCUCCCCACUACCCUUUUAGGCCACAUA